AUGUUCGAGGUUCUGACCCACACCUACAACGGCUUCAAAUGGAUUGUCCAUCACAUCUUGAAGGACGAGAGCGAAACGCGGCAGAGCCUACAGGACCCGGGGAUCUUUCUUUCCGGUGCCCUGGCUGGCGGCUUCGCCCGGGGAGGCGUUCUGGUAAUCGAUAGAGGCGGUCUGAAGGGCGCCACGCAGGCUGUCGGCCGCCGGACCCUGCAGUUGGGCAUUUUGAUGAUGUUCUACAUCUCCCCGGCCUCUCAUAUGCUCCCUGACUUAGAAGAUACUCCUUUUAUAAAGAUGGCGACUACUUUUUUGGUGGCUGCCUGCGCGGGAUUUCACAUGCGUUUUAUCUGCAAUCCUAUUUCUCGCGUCAUGGAUGAGAGUUUGCGGACGGGAAUGCCCUGGCACCAGGUUAUGCGUAUGCUGUACAACAAGACGAUCCUGCAAUUUUGGUAUGUAGGGCCGAAUUUUUUCGCAAAUGCCUUUUAUUACGGUACACUACUUACUGUAUUUGAGGGAUUGCGGCGCUUUUCGGAAAGGAAUAAUUUUCCCUUACCAAAGGACGGGUACCCUUUGCAGGCGAUAACCGCUUCCUCCACAGAGGAUCAUUCACAGGUAGGAUUCUCCUCAACUUUCUUUUCUAAUACAUUUCAUCUGCAAUACAGUUCUUAUAUUUACAUGCGAACCGCGGCUACAAACUUCUUCAUCGGUGGCGUAUCCGCAGCGGUGGCGUCUACGUUUUGUUAUCCGUAUAGUGCGCACCGCUAUUUGCAGACGGUGAUUCAUGAUUCAGCUAUUUGCCGAGGUUUAGGAUCAACGCUGGCAAAGGAAGUGCCCAUGAUGGCAAUCUUUUUUGGAACAUUUUCAUUAUUGCAGCCUAUUUUGGUCCCCCAUCAUGGCAUACGCUGUGGGUUUGGUUAUUAA